AUGGAGCCGGCAGGGAUAGGCGGAGAAUGUUUCCCGGAAUACGCCGACUCGAAUAUCUCCUAUUUGGUGCUGUCGUGGAUGGGUGAGAGAUGCCCGUCGCCGUCAAUCAUGUACCCGACGGUGGUCAUCUACGGGUUGAUUCUGCUGCUCGGGCUCGUUGGCAACAUUUGCACAUGCAUUGUCAUCAUCGUCAAUAAGAAUAUGCACAACCCGACAAACUACUACUUGCUCAGUCUGGCGCUCAGCGACAUUCUUAUCCUAAUUCUUGGCCUUCCGAUGGAACUCUACAUCGUGACAGACUACAACUAUCCCUAUCGUUUCGGGGAGGCCAUCUGCCAGGCGCGCGCCUUUCUCGUCGAGUUCACCUCCUACGCCUCCAUCCUCGUCAUUUGUCUCUUCUCAUUUGAGCGAUGGAUCGCUAUUUGCUUCCCGCUUCGCGCCCAACUUUUCUUGGGCACCCGGAGGACGUUGAGUCUGAUCUGCGGCUGCUGGGUUGUCUCCUGCCUCUGCUCACUUCCUGUGGUCUUUGUCGUGCGCAUCAACAAGUUGCCAUUGCCUGAAUUUGCCGUCAAUCAGACCUGGACGCAUCUUGUCUCCGCCGAUGGGAAAACCAUCGAUCGAACCGAGUUUUGCGCAAUGGACAUUGACAACCUUGAAGAUCAAAAGGAGAUCAUCUACUUGUCCUUUAUCGGCUUCUUCCUACUUCCGGCCAUCAUCAUCACCGUCAUGUACGGGCAUAUCGCUAUCCGGUUGCACCUGUCCGAGUCGCAGCUCGGCCGCGAGAAGAAGGGCCGAAGCCAUAAAUGGAGUGUGUUGAGGGUACUUGUGUCGGUGGUGAUCACCUUCUUCGUGUUCUGGCUUCCAUUCCACAUGCAAAGGCUACUCUCCAUUUUCCUCAACGAGCGACAAGGCGAUGCGUCGGCGGCCGUCCAAACGCUUUUCACCCUUGUUUUCUACAUUUCAGGAUAUUGCUACUACUCGAACUCUGCCUGUAACCCGAUUCUCUACAACAUUUUCUCCGAGAAAUUCCGCGCCGCCUUUUGCCGGACGAUUCUGGGAGAGCGGUUGACCGGGAAAUUCUUCCCUGGCCUGAAGAAUAGCCGAACAUUCGCCAUGCAGAGG